GCUACACUGGAAGGAAAUUGGCAAACACGAGCUGAAGACGGAGUUAAGAGCCUCUGGUUUAAGCGUGGUCAUGUUCCUCCAAUAUUACCUCAACGAACAAGGAGAUCGGGUCUACACACUAAAGAAAUUUGACCCUAUGGGACAGCAGACUUGCUCAGCCCAUCCUGCUCGCUUCUCCCCGGAUGACAAAUACUCGCGACACCGAAUCACCAUCAAGAAACGCUUCAAGGUGCUCAUGACCCAGCAACCGCGCCCUGUUCUCUGAGAGUCCCUUAAAUUUCAUGUCUCUUCUGUCUCCUGCUCCGUUUCGGAGAAUCCAUAACCACACUCAUCAAUCUGUGAGCCAUGAAGCCUUCUUAUCCACCCCAUGCCCUUUGGAAUCCAGUCUCUCAUUGCCGUUGGUCAUGCCAUCAUGGUGGCAUCCUCUUUAAAGGGAACACGUUUUUCAUAUUUUGAAUUAUUGUCACGUUAUUAAAGAUAAAAUGAUUUGAAAGA